GAGAGGCUUGUCUCAGCACAGGGUCUCGUCUCGUCAGGUUCAGUUCAGAUCGGAUCAGAUCAUGUGUUUGGAUAUUCCACACGUGCACAUCAGCAGAACCAUGAGCGGGAUCCCACUGUACUGUACAACGCACAUCAACAUGAAGGCUGUAUGUCCCACUUAUUGGAAUUGGGAGUCUGAAGGAAAUUCAUGAUGGAUUCCUGGACAUUUUCGUUCUCACCCAGCAAUCUGUCCGGACUCCCCAUGUACGAUGGCAUCAUGCUCGGCAACAUAUCUGAGGAAGGCCUGAGAAACGAGACCGACCAGAGCUUGACUAAAACUAGCACGGUCGUCAUCACCAUCAUCAUGUACUUCGUGGUGUGUGCUAUCGGUCUGUGCGGAAAUGCUCUGGUCAUCUAUGUCAUCCUGCGAUACGCCAAGAUGAAGACGGUCACCAAUAUCUACAUCCUGAACCUAGCGGUGGCAGACGUGCUGUUCAUGCUCAGUUUGCCCUUCAUCGCUCUCCAGCUAGCGCUGGUGCACUGGCCGUUUGGCGCAGUUCUGUGCCGCUUGGUCAUGACUGUGGACUCGCUCAAUCAGUUCACCAGUAUUUUCUGUCUGAUGGUGAUGAGCAUCGAUCGGUACCUCGCUGUGGUGCAUCCCAUAAAGUCCACCAAAUGGAGGAAGCCCCAUGUCGCAAAGACCAUUAAUCUGGUCGUGUGGGUCGUGUCGCUCGUCGUCAACCUCCCAAUCAUAAUCUACAGCGGGCUGAUCACCAAACCCGAUGGCUGCUUCUGCACUAUUGUGUGGCCAGAGCCGCAGGAGACCUACUACACCGCCUUCAUGUUCUACACCUUCUUCCUGGGCUUCUUCCUGCCUCUGAUGGUCAUAUGUCUGUGCUAUCUGUUCAUUAUCAUCAAAGUGAAGUCCUCAGGAAUCAGGGUGAGCUCCAGCAAACGGAGGCAGUCCGAGAGGAGGGUGACACGUAUGGUGUCCAUUGUGGUUGCCGUGUUUGUGUUCUGCUGGCUGCCUUUCUACAUCUUCAAUGUGACAUCGGUCACAGGCACCAUUAGCACCACACCUUUUUUAAGGAGCAUGUUUGCCUUUGUGGUGGUGCUGGGAUACGCCAAUAGCUGUGCAAACCCAAUACUGUACGCUUUCCUGUCACAGAACUUCAAAAAGAGUUUCCAGAAUGUUCUGUUCUUGAACUGUGCUUUGGAUGGGGUUGAACACACUGACAGCAAGCAGGACAAGUCAAGAAUCAUGAAUGAGCCAACAGAAACUCGCAACACACUGCUAAAUGGAGACCUGCAAACCAGCAUCUGAAUAAACAAGGCUCAGCAAACUAGAGUUUCAAUGUCAUUCGAAACUGUGUGGCAUCCACAAAUAGAGUAAGAGGAGUGACUAUAAACCCAGCAAAUAUGGUUUCUAUUUUAAAGCCCACUGUGAUGGCUUAGUUUCCCAAAUUACGAGCAAAAAUGGAUGAAUUUACCCAUUUUUGGCCAUCAUGCAAUAUUUUUCAUUCAUUGAUUCAAACCUGUAAAAUACAUAUUUAUAAAUUGUACUCUAGAGCUGUUAUUUAUAAAGUAUGUAUAUGGAGUUCCUUAAACAAAUCAUGGUCAUAAAGAGAACUAAGGAGUUCUCCAGUGUCCUUGUGUUUGAAGAGAAGAAAAUAUUCAGUACUUAGUCUACCUAGUUUUUAUUUUUGCUUUACACU